GUGUGACUGACUGAACAUACAAAACUGUCUGUGCUCUAUCUUCUGGAUUGAAGUGUUGCACCAGACUGUAAAUAAAAGACUGACCGGGCUAUCUCCCUGAUAUCUCAUGGCCCUCCUUUGGCUUGGCCGACAAGUCGUGAGCACCAGUAACCGGGCCUGGUUCCUAUUGAGUCGGCCGCUGUCCUGCAGCAGUGACCUCCAGCAGAGCCGAACCAGCUCCUGGGAGCAGCCUGUCGAGCUGCCUGAGGGUCCGGUGUUCUCGCGCUCAUCCAUUGGAACGUUUUUUCAGGACAAGCCUCUCCUGAAGAACCCCUUCUUGGAAGAUGCCUUACUGCGGACUUACCUGCGGCGACAUUUACCUUUACGAGACGUGGAGGAGGACUUGACUAGAUUUGGGGAGCGCCUGGUGCAGGAGAUCGAUGCUCUGGGUCUGGAGUGUGAGGAGAACCCUCCGCGUCUGAAGCACUUUGAUGCCUGGGGUCGCCGGGUGGACCACAUCCUCACAUGUCCAGCCUGGACCCGCAUGAAGGAGAUCUCCGCCGAGGAGGGCCUGGUCGCCGCCGGCUACGAGAGAUGCUAUGGAGAGUGGAGCCGGGUGUACCAGAUGGCUAAGAUCUUCCUCUACGCUCCCUCAGCUGGUCUGUACACCUGCCCUCUGGCCAUGACCGAUGGAGCAGCCAAAGUCAUCGAGUCAUUAGGUGGGGCCUCGUCAGUGGAGGAGGCCUUUCGGAGAUUGACUUCUCGUGACCCCAAGCGUUUUUGGACCUCGGGUCAGUGGAUGACCGAGCGCAAGGGGGGUUCUGAUGUCGCUAGUGGGACAGAGACCGUGGCCUGGCCACAAGCUGAUGGGACUUAUAAGCUGCGAGGCUUCAAGUGGUUCACAUCUGCCACUGAUGCAGAUAUGACUCUUACACUAGCCCGGAUACCCGACAAAGAUGGACAAGCUAAACAGGGCAGCGGUGGGCUGUCUCUGUUUUACGCGGAGGUGCGGGACGGACAGGGGAUCCUGAACGGCAUCGAAGUCCAGCGGCUGAAAGAGAAGCUGGGCACGCGACAGAUGCCCACGGCGGAGCUCCUGCUGCACGGCCUCCCAGCACACCUGAUUUCAGUGGAAGGGAGAGGGGUGGCUUCCAUUGCUAACAUGCUAACCCUCACGCGGAUCCACAACACUGUAUCUGCUGUGGCCUCAAUGAGACGGGUAAUUCAAAUGAGCCGAGAGUAUGCUACCAAACGGUUUGUUUUUGGAAAGUUCUUGAAGGACCAUCCUUUGCAUGUGCAAACUAUGGCAAGGAUGGAGGUGGAGACGCGCGCGGCGUUCCUGCUCAUGAUGGAGGUGUGCCGCCUGCUGGGGAGGGAGGAGAGUGCCAAGGCCUCCGACAUGGAUCUCCAUCUGCUCCGGCUGCUUACCACCGUGGCCAAGCUCUACACGGGGAAACAGGCUGUGGCUGUAGUCUCUGAGGGUUUGGAGUGCUUUGGGGGUCAAGGCUACAUUGAAGACACAGGAUUACCCAGAAUGCUAAGGGAUGCACAGGUCUUGAGCAUUUGGGAGGGGACGACUAACAUUCUGGCCCUGGAUGUGCUGCGCUGCAUCUCCAAAAGCUCGGGGCAGGUUUUGGACUCGUUUUUCGCUGACGUGAAGAUGAAGACCUUAGCUGUAGAAGCUGGUCAUACCCUCCAGCCUGCUGUAGGGGCCGUGAACAGCGCCCUCUCCAGGCUGGGGGAGUUCAUGCGCUCAGCUGUACUAAGACCACCUGGCAUCAUGGAGAUGGCAGCUCGAGAUCUGGCCUACACCUUGGCACGCGUCUAUAUGGGUGCACUGCUUGUAGACCAUGCCAACUGGGAUGGAGCAUCUCGGGCUGAUGUUUAUGCUGCCCUGAGAUGGUGUGAACAGGAUCUGUGCCCAGUAGUUACAAAGGAUGUCGGAGGCAACUACGACUCCAAGACUGGAGAAAUGGACUCAGCCCUGGUCUAUGAGGGCAGCAGCCUGGAAGAAUGAGGACAUGUUGACUUGCUGAGCUUGGUGAUGUGGAGUGAAGUGCUCUUAUCUGGAUGGAAUUUUCAAUCUGCAACUUUGGAAUGUGCCUUUUAAAAAAACCUCAAGAAGUGCCUAAGGAAUUCUAGUUGCCAUUUCCCCAGCAAUGGCUUUUUGUGGCUGAAAUGCCCUUAACACGUUUUCUUUCUGUGUAGAUGUAGAAUUGAGGAACUCUGAUCACACAACUAAUGGAUUUGGUCAUGUAUUGUAUUGUCAUUUUAAUGUUUGUUUGUUUGUUUGUUUGUUUUCAAAUUGUAAAUAUUGAAUAUAAACCAUUGUACUUUAUUUUAUCAUAUGAGUAAAGUAUGUAUUGUUCAAAUCUUGAUAAUAAACUAAU